UCUGUUUUACCGUGCCCCUUCACUCUUUCCGUACACAGAUUUUGACUUCAGUGUUCCCGGCUCCAUGAAGCUGCACAAUCUCAUUUCGAAGCUGAAGAAGUGGAUCAAGAUCCUGGAAGCCAAGACGAAGCAGCUGCCUAAGUUCUUCCUGAUAGAGGAGAAAUGCCGUUUCCUUAGCAACUUCUCGGCCCAGACUGCCGAAGUGGAGAUCCCGGGAGAGUUCCUCAUGCCUAAGCCCACACACUAUUACAUCAAGAUUGCCAGGUUCAUGCCCAGGGUGGAGAUUGUUCAAAAGCACAACACAGCUGCUCGACGUCUCUACAUCCGCGGGCACAACGGCAAGAUCUAUCCAUACUUGGUGAUGAAUGACGCAUGUCUGACGGAGUCCCGCAGAGAGGAGCGCGUGUUGCAGCUCUUGCGGCUACUCAACCCCUGUCUGGAGAAGAGGAAAGAGACCACCAAGAGACACCUCUUCUUCACAGUCCCAAGGGUGGUGGCGGUGUCUCCUCAAAUGCGGUUAGUGGAGGACAAUCCAUCGUCUCUGUCUCUGGUGGAAAUAUACAAGCAACGAUGUGCUAAGAAGGGCAUUGAGCACGACAACCCCAUUUCCCGCUAUUAUGACCGGCUUGCGACUGUUCAGGCUAGAGGAACUCAAGCCAGCCAUCAGGUCCUGCGUGACAUUCUAAAGGAGGUCCAGAGCAACAUGGUUCCUCGUAGCAUGUUGAAGGAGUGGGCUCUGCACACCUUCCCCAACGCCACAGACUACUGGACUUUCCGCAAAAUGUUCACCAUCCAGCUUGCUCUAAUCGGCCUGGCUGAGUUCAUGCUGCACCUGAACCGUCUCAACCCAGAGAUGCUGCAGAUCGCACAGGACACAGGAAAACUCAACGUAUCAUACUUCCGCUUCGAUAUUAAUGAUGCCACUGGUGAUCUGGAUGCCAACCGGCCCGUCCCCUUCAGGUUGACGCCCAACAUCUCUGAGUUCCUGACCACCAUCGGCGUAUCUGGACCCCUCACGGCUUCCAUGAUAGCGGUAGCACGUUGCUUUGCUCAGCCUAACUUCAAGGUCGAUGGCAUCUUGAAAGCAGUUCUUCGGGACGAAAUCAUCGCUUGGCAUAAGAAAACACAAGAGGAUACAUCCAUGCCUCUGUCCCCAGCUGGACAACCUGAGAACAUGGACAGCCAACAGCUGGUGUCUCUGGUCCAGAAAGCUGUGACCGCCAUCAUGACCCGCCUUCACAACUUGGCCCAGUUUGAGGGUGGUGAGAGUAAAGUAAACACGCUAGUGGCGGCCGCCAACAGCCUGGACAACCUGUGCCGCAUGGAUCCUGCCUGGCACCCCUGGUUGUAGGUUGUGUGAAGAAAGUAAUCCUGGCAGAUCUCAGAGAAAUGCAAUACUGUGAAAGAGAAUGUCAAAGUGGAUGAAUUUGAAGUUUAAAAAAUGUCUUGGUUUCUAAGGGGUUAUAAAAUGUGCAAACUGUAAUUUAAAAAAAAGAACAUGAUAUUACCUAAGAUCUUUAGUAUUCACUAAAUGUUAUAUUCACCGGCUAGAGAUACAUGCAGCUUUGGUCGGUCAGACAAGAGACUAUUGUGAAACUGACGAGCUUUGUAAAGUGCUUUUGUUGAGACUGUCGUGAUUGUCAGCGAAGUGUGACGGUACAAUACAGCCUUUGAUAAAAUACUGUUUCCACAGCCUUUUCUUGGCUCCACAUUGGAAGAGGGUGCAGCAGCUAUCACAGCAGAUUUUAUGCAACUCCCAUCAAGUUCUCCGUUUCUCUCUGACUGAUGGCUGCCUUUUAAUUUACAUGUUCAGCAUGUUGUUGUGUCAUUAUUUAAAAUUGUAUGUGGGCAUUUUUUUUUUUACCUUUGUACAUGUAAAAAUGACAUUGCAUCCCUUUAUGGCUUGUACUUUUCUACAGGUUUGUGAAAUUUAAAGCCGCCAUGUUACUGUCAAAUUUCAUUUUUUCCCCAAAAUA